AUGCCCACGAACAUUUCUAAGAACAGCCAGGAGAAGCGCGAGAAGCGAUGGCGUUCCAAGUGUCCCAUUCCGGUAAAGGAACGCAUCCGUCGGGCCAACAAGGAGGACAUGAAGAUUUUAAAGCAAGGAUCCGUCAAGAAGCUUCAGUGUAAGUUUCGGGUUGCUGGAUCGACUGGAAACGUAUACACGACUACCAUUGGAAAGGUUCCCUCGUGCACAUGCCCCGACUACCAAAAGAAACAAGAUGCUUGCAAGCAUACCCUUUUCGUCUUGUUGAAGAUUGUGGGGUUGGACGCCGUCGACGACGAGCUUCUAUAUCAAAAGGCAUUUGUCUCGGCAGAACUGGAGGAGUUGUUCGAACGAAUGGAAGAAAACAAAGAGUCUGCUUCUCGCUAUUUUCAGCAGAAUGACGACACGGACGUGGAUGGGCUCAUUCGCGACUUGGCUGUGACCAACAUUGAAGAGGAUGGUCGCGGUCCAUUUCGGUACGAUAACGUGCGAAGUCUGACGGGGCAACCAUCGGAACGUGAUCGGUCUACUUACCGUCCCUUUCAUUGGGAGACUUCCAAUAAGCGUUAUUACUGA